GAUAAAGUGUACAGACCAUCGAAUGUAUCGGUGAAAGUGUACAGUGAUUGUACUUAGAAAAAAAAUUUUUUUUUUUCAUAAUUAAAAUUUGCGAACAAUUUUUAAAACAGUGACUUGAAGUAUGUUACAGCUUCAUUUGAGUAAGUCUUGAUGAAUGGAAAUGGAGUCGGGCAUCGACAUGAAUGAAACGCGCGUGAUUAAACAACCGUCGCGUUGACUCGAACGUGCGAAUAACGGAUGCUUACUUUCGUCAUCAGUUAUUCAUCCGGUCGAUCUAUAAGACAUAUUGAUACUACGACCGUGUUCCAAUUUGCCGAAUGGCAAAAGCGGGAAAAUAAGUUCCUCAUUGGCUUUAAUUUUCCCAAACUAACAAUUUCACGAUAAAAAUUCUGCAGGCGAUAGAAAAUUCAGAGGACCGGCGAAUGAGCACGGAAUCUUGUUUGCUGUCCGACACCUGCAUGGAUUCAUGAGAGGCACGCAGUCACCAGCCAAGGAUGUCGGAUAGUUCAGAUCAGCUGUCAUCACCGAACAGCGACUGUAAUAGUCAAAUGGGCGUCGUGCAUCGCAAUGCAACUGCGCAAUAUAGUAACGCAUCGUCAAUGUCCGGUCUCGGGCUGACUCAUCAUCCCCAAAAUUUAACGCCAACAUCGAAUGGCAGUCCUCAGUAUUCGCAGGAGAUUUCGACCUGCAACUCUGCCAGCGUAAACACCAACAUUAGUAAUAUCAGCAGUCUCCCCCUUAGCAGCAGUAAUUUCACACCUGAACAGAUAUCUUGCAUGUGCGAGGCACUGUCGCAAAGUCAAGACAUUGAGAAAUUAUCCAGAUUUCUUUGGUCCUUACCGCCUGGAGAACUGUUGCGCGGAGGCGAGAGUGUGCUAAUGGCGCGUGCCGCUGUUGCCUUUCACCGCGGAGCCUAUCACGAGCUUUACUCAAUCCUGGAGAGCCACCCUUUCUCGCCACGUCGACAUCCUGAACUCCAACAGAUGUGGUUUAAGUCGCAUUAUCGCGAAGCUGAAAAAAUCCGCGGUCGACCAUUGGGCGCCGUGGACAAGUAUCGGCUGCGCAAGAAGUAUCCACUACCAAAGACGAUCUGGGACGGCGAGGAGACCGUGUACUGCUUCAAGGAGCGAUCGAGGAACGCUUUGAAAGAGAGUUAUAUGAGGAACCGAUAUCCUACGCCGGACGAGAAGAAGAAUCUCGCGAAGAAAACUGGCCUGACGCUGACUCAGGUGUCCAAUUGGUUCAAGAAUCGUCGACAGCGUGAUCGUACGCCACAAACGAGAACGGAUAUGCUACCACUAAAUUGUCAAGGCACGACUAACAGUACAAUUAGCAGUUCAGUGAGCAACGGCGGUAGUAUCCAAUCUUUGCAGAGUAUCGAUUCCGAUAGUCCGAGUCUCGCAAUGUCACCUCUAUCAACUAUGGGUAUGUCACCAGUCACUAUGAAUCCAUGCAGCCCGAUGGGCAUGAGUCCCAUGGGUCCUCAUCAUGGCUAUGCCACUCCUGUUACCCCAUCGUCCGUUCAUACCUCACAUUCCCAUAAUGGCGGAUUGAGUCCUAUGAACGACGUUAAGGCUUUAUAUGGACGCAGUGUGUACGACACAGGUAAAGAUGUGGAGCAGAGCUCAGUUUAUUACUCCAGCCAUUCCAGUAUGCACCACCAGUAUUACCAACAGACUCAUCAUCAGAUGAUGUCCAGCUCUCAUCAUCAUCACCAUCAUCAGCAGAGCGUACCAGCCGGCUACGAGAUUAUGCUGCCCCCGCCUUCCAUGUGACUAACGGAUUAUGAGGACGACCGAAGUAAUCAAAGUCUUCACGGUAACGACGACGUGGUAGCUCGUAUACACGCCUUCGCCUGAUCCUUCUGCUUCUUCUCUCGUCUCGAUUUUAAUCACACGCAAUAAAGAACGACAUUGAUAAAAUGGAUAUUGAUAAAAUUGUUGUUUUACAAAGGAGGAGGUACAAUCGUUUUUAAUUCCUUACCCUCAAAAAGUGUUUACUAAAAAGAAAAUUGUUUUUACGCGUUUUAUGUAAACGAU